UUCAGAGAGUUAGUUUUUAUAAUAUAAAGAUAGAAGUGUUUGUUUUUAGUAUAAACUUGUUUACUGAAUUUUUAGAUAUUAUUUUUAACAAAAAUUAUUUAUGGUGGUAGUGUAAUUAUAUCAUCAUCGAUAUUUGAUCAAUAAUUAAUUCAUUACAGUAGUUAUUUUCGACAGUGAUACAUCAUCAAAUUCAGCCUUCAAAAUGAGAUUGUGGUUAAGUGUAACUUUAUUAGUCUUAGUAUGUUUUGUAUUAUUUGAAACGGCAGAAGCUGGUAAAAAGGAGAAAGGUAAAAAAGGAGGUAAAGGUGAAGUCGAAAAUUAUAGUAAAGAAUCAUCCAAAAAUGAAAAAUAUAAUAAAAAUUCCAAAAACAACGAGAAAAAUAUGAAAAAACAAAAAGAUAAAACUGGCAAAGAUAAUAAAAAGAAUAAAAAAACCAAAGAUCAAAAACUUGAAGAAGCUGUCUCAGGUGAAGCCGUAAAAACCAAAAAGAAUAAAAAAGAUAAGGUGGUUGAAAAUGUUGAAGAAGUGACCCAAAAGGUAAAAUCAAAGAAAAAUAAGAAAGAAAAGGUUGUAGAACAAGUUAAUGAAGAAGUAGUACCCCAAGCUGAAGCAAAAAAAGGCAAAUCAAAACAAAAACGCUCAGUAAGUCCAAAUGAAGAAGGUAAAAAAUCAAAGAAAGUUAAAAAAGUUGAAGAAACCGUUGAAACUAACGAAGUACCAUCCACCGAAGAAGAAGCUCCAGUUGAAGAAACGGAACCUGCAAUAGAAAAACCACAGAAAAAGAAAGACAAAAAACAAAAAACCAAGGAAAAUAAAGCCAAAAAAACUAAGGAAGCCAAAGUUGUAGUUCCAGAAACUGUGGAAGAAGGUUUAGUAGAAGAAGAAGUUAAUGAAGAACCUGCAGUAGAAGAUCAACCAAAAAAUGUUGAAUGUACACAAGAAAAGGUUUGUUUGAAAUCAAAACCAGAAGUACCUGAAGAAGAAGAAGAAGUUCAAGAGGAGGUUGUUAAUGAAGAAUAAAUAUAAUAUUUUUAAGUAAUUUAUAAAUUUUUUAGAUUGUAUGUGCCCAUUUACUCAUUGUAAAUAGUCAUAAAUACAUGCAUUUAUUA